AUGCAAAAGCUCAAUCAGGAAGUGAUUUAGGGAGGAGAGGAGCUGAAGAUUAUGCGAAUGAAUUAAAAGCCUUAAAGUAUAUUUGUAUAGAAAUUAAAUCAACAUUCCAGAAAAUUUUUUUUUUUUAAAUUACAAAAAGAAAGGGACAGAAUUUAUUAGCGAUUUAAGAGUUCUAUUGGAAGAAAUAAUGAAGGAAGAUCAAAGAAAUCGAAGCAAUCAAGUCUUCAACCUAAAAAAUUACAAUUUUAUACACAGAUUGAAACUUGCUUACUUUAUACAAAUGGAGAAAAAGCUUUAGGAUGCAUUUAAAAGUUGAGAUCUUUGCCUCAACGUCUAACAUUUAGAUCUUUUGAGAAAUUUAACAAGUACAAUUUCAGAGAGCUAGAAUUGCUGGCAUAUACUUAAUAAGAUCUUUAAAAAGCUCAUGAAGUGUUGCAUGAUUUGAAAUCAUUUAAAAUUGAAAUAAGAAAUCAAUCUCAAUAGAUAUAUGUAGUAUAAUAGAUAUAUGUAGUAUGACAUGUAGAAAGUUAGUGUUAUAAAGGUAUUUUAAGAAGCUUCCCAAAGCGCAAGCAUUCCUUGAGAGAGCUUUUCAGGAAAUAGAAAUUAAUAUUACUGGAAAAGAAGUAUUAUGUGAAUUGCUCAAAAAAAAGACGAGCAUGUUUUUAAAAUACUAAAGUUUUCAGCUAUUG